AUGACCUUAUGCAAUGAGGACAGAAACCUGCUGCAUGCUAGAGAGAGAGAGAGACGAAUUAGGGAGGCUCAGCAGGAGCAAAACAAGCUCCCUGAGAAGCCUCCCGUCUUUGCAGCACCCUACAAGACUCAUAAAGGAGAUGACUUGUCAAACCAAAUUCGGAACGUGCUGGGCAAUUAUGAGGAUGUCAUGGGGCUCAUCAACUCCAAAACCCAAUGGAAUUUCUUAGGGCUUCACGAAGUCCUUCCUCCGGUCUCACCUGAAGCACCUCAUUUCCCACACUCCCUUGAUGAAAAUACCAGCCCUACAUCACCUUCAUUCCAUGACACAGCCCACCAUCCACCCACUACGGCUGUAAGUGCUCCUCCUGCUCACCGCUCAAGUCCCUGCGAAAAGGCACAAUCAAGGGCAAAACCACAUUCAGGUUUGCACGUGCAGAGCGGCAGCUCAUCCGACGGUCAGAGCCAAAGUCGCAAACGCAGUUGUGGUGACAAGGAAAGUCACGAAGGUCUUCAUCGCAAGGGAAGUGACAGGCGUGCGGCUGGUGAAGGUCGUGCUCAUGAUCUGGACUACUCCAUUUUCUCAUUUUCUUCAUUUCUGACACCUUUGCCUCCUCCACUGGAACCUCUGUCACCUGUGCGUUCCGACCUGCACGUCAGUUCCAAGUCAGAAAAGAGCAGCAAAAGCCAGGAGCUGACCUACAGUCAAAGAAAAUCGUUUCAGGACCUAGUGACAGGAUCAGAGGAAGAGGAAAGUCAGGACGGCUCAGACAUUGACCUGAGCAGCAACACUCGGCCUUCCUCUCGGACGGUUCCUACAGCUUUGCCAUCAAAGCCCAGCGCGAUGCAGCAGAAACCAACUGCCUGUGUGAGACCAAUGGAUGUCCAAGAUCAGGCGCGAGAGGAAUCGCCAGGUCUCAAACCUCUCCUGGAGGAAUACCAUAGAGAGCCCUUAGAAAAGAUCUCGGAUCUGAAGGUGAAUGCCAGAGCCAAACUAUUCAAAUCAGAAAUCCCUUCUGAGCCCGUGGAGAGACCCUUCCGCUGGGAUGCCCAAGCCGUUAAGGAAAUUUUGAAGGAAAUGACCCAGUCAUGGCCACCUCUUCUGACAGAUAUUCCUACUCCUCCUACUGCAGAGCCUUCCAAAUUUCCAUUACCAACAAAGGAGUCGCAGCCUGUUGGAUGUGUAGCACAGAACCAGAGACAGUACGAUGGACCUUCGGAUACGUUGCCUCGUUCUCAGACAACAGUAUCAGUGCUGCUCCAGGAAGACCUGCAAGUCAGUGAUAGCGAAGACAGCGAUGACAACCAAGUCGGUUUUAGAUGUUUUAUACGCUGGGCGCGCAGACAUCCCUUUAAAUCAUCAGGCCUUGUUGCGUUGUUCCGAAUGCCUUAAGCUAACCUUUACUCUCAUUCUCCUCCUUCUUUUUUGUGAACAAAACAGGUUGCUGACAGUCCACUUGCUCCUCCAAGGUACAGCUUUGUUCUUGAACUAACAGCUAGACUAAAUAAGAAGGGAAAAACAAACUACGUC